GGAUGAUCCAUUAGCUCUUCUCUGCUUUUCCUUACCAAAGUGGGAGCCCUCUCGCGUAGGCGAGAACUCGCUCGAAAAUCCAAACUGACGAACAGUAAACGUACACACACAAAGCUGUGAGAGAGAGAGAGAGAGAGAGAGAGAGGGAGCAGUGGCGUUAAUCAGAGAGAGAGAGAGAGAGAGAGAGAGAGAGAGACCAUGUCAAUAGAUUGUCUCCACACUCUCAAUCUCUCCGAUCCAAACCUUCUCCAGUCCUCUUCUCACCAUCCUCUCCUCCUCCGCCUCCGACAAGCCCUAAUCUCAUGCUCCUCCUCAAUCGAAUCGGGAGAUUUCCAGCGAUCAGACAAAUCAAUUGGCGAGCUCGUCGACUUCCUCAAUUCAGUCAGCGACGCCGUCGUUUCCGAACCAGACGAGGACUCUCCUGAGCACGACGCGUUCCGAGUUGUUUCGGAGAUUGAUCGAUACGUUGCUUCGCCUUCGUUGGACCAGGCGGUCAUCGAUGCCCUCUCUUUUGAGUUGCCUAAGGCAGUUGCAAGAUUUGCAUGCGUGUCUCGGAGAUGCUUGGAGAUUGCUGAAAGGGUCAUUGAUCGGUUUAUUGAGAUUUGCAGUCCCCGUGACAUGAUUUCGAUCCUCUGUGAGGCAUUGGAUUCUCCAAGCACGAUGUUCAAGGUUCCUGGUUAUUUUGUUCCUCUUCUGAGUGGGUUGUCAAAAGUUUUCGUGUCCAUUCAAAGACGCCAAUUUGAGCAAGUUAAAGCAGCUGUUCCUGUUAUCGUCAAUGUUUUGAAGGCUGUAUCUUCAGAGUUGGACGAUGGAGAUACAGAUUAUGAGGAUUUGUUAACCAGAUCAAUAGACAUUGCCAAGUCAGUACAAGCAGUUUGUUUAAAGUUGGAAGACGAAGGAAAGGAAAAACUUCAGGCUCUUCUUGGUCUAUAUGUCUUGGAAAUCAUGGCGUUUGUUUCAAUUGGCCUCGGAUAUAAAGUUUCAAGCUGUCUUAGUUUGAUGUCACAGCUGGCUUACUCCCUCCGAUUUUGUAAUUUGUCAUAUCUCGGGUUAAUAACAGGCUGUGAUGUUGACAUAAUUAUUGCCCGUUGUUGGAGGACAGAGGAUGGAGAUGAUCAUGUGGGUUGUUUUGCUCAUGUCAAGCAUGGAGCAUGUCUUGCAGUAAUUUGGGGUUUCAUAUCGAAUGAGGUUGCUCAGGCUGCUGAUGAGGAUCUGGCUGCUGUCAAGGCUAAACUUUCCAGUGACCAGACUAAAAGGUGGCAAGCAAUAGGCAUGUUACGGAACAUAUUUUCAUGUGUGAAUUUGCCAUGGGAAUUGAAGAAGCAGGCCAUCAAUUUCCUUCUUAGCAUUGUCGAUGGAAACGUCUCGCGUCAAUAUGACAACGAACAUAUGGAAUGCUCGUUUGAUAUGCCUAGCAUUUUUGCAACUUUGCAGGCUAUUCAGAUGGUCAUUAUCUAUGCACCAGAAGCAGAGAUAAGGAGGAAUGCUUUUCAUGCAUUGAAAAAGGUUCUUGCUGAUAUUCCAACUUCUAUGAGAUUUGACACUUUAACUGCUCUGAUUAAAAAUACUGAUUCAUCUUCCAUGAUGGCAAUACUCAUUGAUUGUGUGAGGGAGGAGAUGCGCAUGGAAAAUUGCCAAAGGAUUUCAAGAGGAAAUCAAGUCAUCCAGGCACAGAAUAACUCAUGUCACAGUACAGCAUUUUGGAAUGAUGGUCCGCUGGAAUUGGUGGGGCUGGUAUUGAGGCCUCCCCAGGGAGGACCUCCGUCCCUCCCUGAGUAUGGUGAUGCGGUUCUCUCUGCCCUGAACUUGUACAGAUUUGUAUUGAUAACAGAGUCAACAGGGAAUACCAACUACACCGGGGUGCUGUCUGAGAAAAACUUACAGAAGGCCUACAAUGAAUGGCUCCUACCUCUCCGAACUCUGGUGACAGGUAUUGUGGCAGCAAACCAAGAGGAUUACGACCAACUUGCAUUGGAAACUCUAUGUGCCUUAAACCCCCUUGAGUUAGUUUUGUACCGCUGUAUUGAGCUUGUCGAAGAAAAACUGAAACAUGUUGCGUAAGUUUGUCAUGUUUUUGCCUCAAUGGGGGAAUCCCAUAUACGUAUAAGUUUCAAGUGUAAGAUGUAAAUUCACUUUGAGAACUUGUUCAUCCAUGUUUUUUGCCUAUGAUUUUGGCUUGCGGUGAUUCAUGUGUUUUCAAUGAUCUACUCUUCAAAGAAUCCAGAUGAAGUUUUCCAUAGACAAACUUUCACAAGUUGGAUUGUCAUAUAAUCAUAUAUGAAGGCAAUUUUUAUUCGCC